AUGAAGAGACCAGCUACUGCUACUGUGGCAGUGGCUCUGCUCGGCUUAGCUGUAGCUCGUGUGGUGCCAUCAAGCCAUGUACGGCAUGAGGUGCGUGACGAGCUCUUGGACUCUCAUUGGACAAAGAGGAAUCGCAUUGAAGGAGCUACCACAGUUCCGGUGAGAGUUGGCCUGGCCCAAAGCAACCUCGAUAUUGGCGGAGCUCUGUUGAUGAAUAUAUCUUAUCCCGACUCAGAGCACUAUGGAAAACAUCUCUCAGCGUCUGAGGUGGACGAAAUGUUUGCGCCGUCAAAGAAGAGAAUAGAGGCUGUUACUAAGUGGCUCAAAUCCGCUUUAAGUUACAGAGUGAUCAAUCUAUCUCGAAGCCGUCAAUGGCUGGAACUCAAUGCCACGGUUGCGGAACUUCAGGAUCUCCUUCACACCAAUUAUCACGAAUAUGAGAACAAGAUAUCAGGCAGGACUGCUCUUGGUUGUCAAGAAUAUCACAUCCCCUUACAACUUCGGGAUGACGUCGACUUCAUAACACCUGGCGUUGUGAUGCUCGAGAUUAAGAAGCGGGACGAGAACUCCGUUCGCAGUUUUGGUCCGAUGCUGCCUAAACUGACACCUACACUGACUACGCGGCCGGAAAAUCCCGGCAACCUUUCGAACUGUUCCUUCAUGGUCACCCCUGAGUGUGUCCGCGCUAUGUAUAACGUAGCAGAUAAACCCAGAGCGCACCCAAAUAACUCAAUUGGCAUAUACUCAACCCAGGGGCAGCAGUACGGUCCGGACAGCCUCAGCACUUUCUUCAAGCUCUUUGCACCUGAGAUCCCCCAAGGAACACAGCCAGAGUUUCAAGGCAUAGAUGGGGCGCCUACUCCCUCUCCAUUACCGUAUGACGCUGCCGAGGAGGCCGAUCUUGACUUCCAAGCGUCCUACCCCCUUGCCUAUCCAGCCAAAGUGGUUAAUUAUCUAGUUGAUGAUUUCUAUUAUGAGGCUGGAGGCGGCGGGAUUAGCGGCCUCUUCAACACCUUCCUCGAUGCUCUUGAUAAAUCAUACUGUACAUACUCUGCGUACGGUGAGACGGGCGACCUUCCGGGUGUGGACCCAACUUACCCGGACACGAGUGAAGGUGGCUAUGAUCAGCCGGAACAGUGUGGUGCCUACACUCCAACCAAUGUUAUCUCAAUCUCUUACGGUGAAGAUGGGACGAGCCUGCUGAUGAACUACCAGCGACGUCAGUGCAAUGAAUGGAUGAAGUUGGGCUUACAGGGCGUUACUGUCAUUGUAGCUUCAGGAGACGGUGGUGUGGGUGGCUUUGGCAGCUCUCAAUGCUCCAAUGGUCCCUUUGUCACGAUAUCACCGGCAGACUGCCCUUUUGUCACCGCUGUUGGAGCGACAAAUCUCACAACUAGCAGUAUUCGCGGCAACGUGGGGAUGUCAGAGCAUGCGGGUGAUUUCAGCGGAGGCGGCUUCUCCAACAUCUUUGGGACACCAUCUUACCAAGCCAACGCCGUAAACUCAUACUUUAGCAAUCACCCGCCGCCCUACGACUAUUAUAACAUCACGCUCAACACUACACAUACGACGGGACGGUAUAACCGUGGUGGUCGUGGAUAUCCUGAUGUUUCCGCUAUAGGAGUGAACUUUGCGACAUGGGUUGGAGUCAAUGAUGGCAUCACGCUCGCAGAAGGAACGUCUGCCUCUGCCCCUGUGUUUGCGGGCCUCAUUACACGCAUCAAUUCGUUUCGCUUGAAUGCGGGCAAGAAGCCUGUUGGGUUUAUCAACCCGGUGUUAUAUCGACACCCGGAAGCAUUUAACGAUAUCACGACUGGCCACAGUGGGGGCUGCAAUACUGAUGGAUUCAGUGCUGUCGAGGGUUGGGAUCCGAUAACUGGCUUGGGAACGCCCAACUAUCCCAAGCUGAAAGAAGUGUUCUUGAAUAUGCCGUAG